AUGCCCCCUGAUCUAAAUUCACUGCCUCCAUCACGGUCGACCUCCUCUUCGCCCUAUCAAACUCGCAGAGUCAGCAACUCAAUGGACAGCAGCAACAGCAGCGUGGCACGAUCACUUUCUCCUCGAUCCUCUUCGAUAUCUUUGCAGGCAACAGCAACAAUGAAUGCAGCCGCAGAUUCUUCUCGUCGUUCUUCGUCUGGUGCCCACCUGGGGUCACCUCAAACCAGACCUUCUGAGCGUCGUCGUUCGGGAGCUAAUUUGAAUGCCAAUCUCCACGAGGCCUCUUAUUCUGACCCUACAGGGACUGAAUCGCCCCAGAAUCGCCGCCACCGGUCUUCGUUUGGGAGUCUUUUCAGAACCCAUAGCCCUACAAGCAUAGCUGGAAGCCCUGUUAUCGCUACCGGAGACCCCCACCACCAGCGCACUCCCUCACUUGGCGAGCUGCACCAAGAGCUUGAGCAAGAGCAGGAGGCACAAGUCAAUCGGCUCCUUUUGAUGAUUCGCAACCAACAAGCUCAGCUCCAACAGCUUCAACAAUCCCAGCAACAGCCACCAACAGCUGGUGGAACAGCCAUCGAUGACUCAACUCCAACUUCAGAAAGAUCAUUUUCAUUCCCAGCGAUUCCUCCACUGCCUGCUCCCGGCCAAAGAGCCUCCUUUCCCAUGGGUUCUAGUCUCUCCGCUCGGAGGGGCUCGAGCACGGCCAUGACACCACAUGCGCCUAUUCAUCCUUCUGGAUCCCAGGCUGAAACUGGGACUAGCACGGGUAGCAAUGACUGGCUUCAACUUUCAGAGUCCAACGGCCGACGAGGCAGCAGAGAUGAAAGCGCAUACUACCAAGCUGAAACAGCUGCUCUGUCCAGGGAGAACCAGAUGUUAAAGGUUAGGAUAAGAGAGUUGGAGCGACAAGUAGCCGAACUGACUGCAAGUGGCACCAACCCACCUCCACAACCCGCCUCCCAGCCAGCCGAGAAUGUUCAGCCGACCCCAACCGACACAUCUACCACUACACCUGCUACAACAACUGGUUCGGCUGUCGAGAGCGGCCCACAGACACCAGCAACCCCGACAGAAGACAAGCCCUGA